ACCCUCCUCGGGCAGCUCCAGGCCCGGCGCUUCUGCCCCGCUGGCAGGCUGGUUGUGUGUAGGCUGACCCCACCUUAGGGUCGACUUCCCGUUAGUGGCACAGUCUUCAACUUCGAAUGUGCGUGAAUUAUUAAAAUACUUUAGAUAAAGCUCGUUUUAAACUGCAGUAACGGGAAAGUUGUAAAAAGAAGGGGUCUUUUGUAAAUGAAAAGCAACUGAAACGUGGAAAGUAGGAAAAAAACAAUGUGUAAGAGAGGUGACAUAAUUGGAGGAAAGCGGCUCAGUUUAUCGCACCUGCCAUGACAGUGCUGCCUUACAAGCGCUUGCCCAGUAGGCGACACUAAGGCCUCACUGACCGUGAUGUUCAUUAGCUCAUAAAAUACUUUUAAAAUGUAUUUCUGAUUGCACCUCAAGAUCACCUCAGACGUAGAUGUUAAUCCUGUUUUACAGAAAUAAAGAAACUGGAGACUCGGAAUAAGUGACUUAUCCAAAGGCCUGCUGCCAUUAGAUAGGGAGCCCAGGUCUCAGACUCAGAUUUUCCUGAUUACAAAUUCAGGACAUUUGCACAGUUCCACGUUGCUUCCCUAGAUUAAGGCGGAUUGUGUUGAACAGUAUGCUAGGAGUGUAGGGAAGUUUACUUGUGGAAGUUUUAUAAAGUUACCCCAGGUGCUUCUUGGUAGGAAGUUAAAUCAUAACCUUUUGACCUAGCCUUAUUUUUGGGAAGAGCACCCAAGGAAAUAAUCUAAAAGUGGACAGAAGGAACAUAAUUUAUAAAAGAUUUUUAGAGCCUUGCUCUAAAAAUUAUUGAAAUUGUUGAAAACCACCCAAAUGUUCCACAAAUGGGAAAUAGUUGAAAUUAAUGUUAGUAUAACGUUUAGGCAAGUCAUGUCCCCUUAUUGGGCUUCUGUUUCCUAAUUGGUAGAUUCUUUCCCCAGAGGACCACUUUAAGGUUUUAAUUCAAAUGUCGCCGGCUCAGUGAGACCUUCCUUGACUACCCUUAUGUUGCGACUUUCCACAACAUACCUCUCUCUCCUGUUUUUUUUUCUUAGCACCUAACACCUUAUGAUAAAUUUUACUUAAUUGAUUUUUCAAUAGAAUGUAAGCCCCAGAAAGACAGAUUUUUGUCUUUUGUUCACAACUAUAUCCCUAGCGCCUAGAAUAGUAGUUGUCUAAUAAACAUUUAAAUGGGUGAAUUCUCUUAUCUUCCUAACUAUGAUUUUUAUGAGGUAUGUAGGCUAUAUGAAUAUGUGGAAAUGGUUGCCAAAAAAAGCAGAAGAAAUGGUUUAUACUUGGUGAUUACAACUUUAACGAAAGGUUAAAGAGAAAAUGAUGCAAAUAGCAGGGAAGUUUCUGUGUUUUUGAAUGCAUCCGAUCGCCUCAGAUGAGAGCUGCCCCCAGGCCAGCACCAGUCGCUCAGCCACCAGUAGUAGCCCCACCGUCUGCAGUUGGCUCACCUGCUGCUGCACCCCGGCAGCCAGGUCUCAUGGCCCAGAUGGCAACCACUGCUGCCGGCGUGGCUGUGGGCUCUGCUGUCGGGCACACGCUGGGCCAUGCCAUCACUGGAGGCUUCAGUGGAGGAAGUAAUGCUGAGCCCUCAAGGCCUGACAUCACUUACCAGGAGCCUCAGGGAGCCCAGCCAGCAUACGAGCAGCAGCAGCAGCAGCAGUUUGGCCCCUGCCACUAUGAAAUGAAACAGUUUUUGGAGUGUGCCCAGAACCAGAGUGACCUCAAGCUUUGUGAGGGUUUCAGCGAGGUGCUGAAGCAAUGCAGAUUUGCAAAUGGAUUAGCGUAAUCAAGAAGUUCAAAUCGAAGAAAUGGAAAGUUGGCUGUCAUGACCAAGUUAAUUUAGCAUAAAACUAUAAUUGAUAAUGAGAGUGUAAAGUGCACAAGCACCAGUUAAACCUCUUCUCCAUCAUUAAUAGCUUCCUUGCUUCAGAAUCACCAUGGAAGAGGGUAUUCUUAUUGUAUUGAGAUGAUGUCAAGUUUGAGGCUGGGCAGAUGUUUGCGUGGCCUCCUUAAACUAGCUGUUGUAAUGUUACUGUUUAUGAAUUAA